CAGAAAAGCCAAAUUCUUGGUGUGUGUUUGACACCACCACCCUGGUGAGUGUUGUAAUCAGAGGUGUAGGAGAGAAAAAAACUGGGGGAAAGGGGGGGAAUUGCCUGUUGGAAAUGGCAGGAUUGGACAAAGGAGGAGGAGGGAACCUGCUUUUUCCUGGAGUUUUUGUUGCUGUAACUGUUCAUACUCUCAGUUGGCUGGACUGCAAAAUAAUGAUGGUCUUUAAGAGAUUAACUUCAUGCUUAUUUUUAACCUUUAGAAUCCAAGUUACUACAACCACAUUUGUCUGCAAACUCCAAGUAUGUUUCCAAAGACCUACGGGCAGCAGAGCUACGGGACCUACGGGCAGCCCAGCGACGUCAGCUACACACAGCCGCAGACCACGGCCACGUACGGGCAGACGGCCUACGCCACCUCCUACGGGCAGCCCCCCACAGGUUACAGCGCCCCGACUGCCCCUGCCUACAGCCAGCCCGUGCAGGGCUACGGCAGCGCCGCCUACGACACCAACACGGCCACGGUCACCAGCAGCCAGAGCUCGUACGCCGCGCCCGCCGCCUACGGCACCCAGCCCGCAUACCCCGCCUACGGGCAGCAGCCGGCCCCGGCCGCCCCCGCCAGACCCCAGGAUGGCAGCAAACCAGCAGAGACCAGCCAGCCUCAGUCCAGCACGACAGGCUACAGCCAGCCCAGCCUGGGCUACGGGCAGAGCAACUACAGCUACCCCCAGGUGCCUGCCAGCUACCCCAUGCAGCCUGUCACUGCUCCACCCUCCUACCCUCCGACCAGCUAUUCCUCCACACAGCCCAGCAGUUACGAUCAGAGCACUUACUCCCAGCAGAGCAGCUACGGGCAGCAGAGCUCCUACGGGCAGCAGAGCAGCUACGGCCAGCAAAGCAGCUAUGGCCAGCAGCCACCUCCCACCAGUUACCCACCUCCCAGCGGAUCCUACAGCCAGGCCCCCAGCCAGUACAGCCAGCAGAGCAGCAGCUACGGCCAGCAGAGCUCGUUCCGCCAGGACCAUCCCAGCAGCAUGAACAUGUACGGGCAGGAAUCCGGAGGCUUCUCCGGCCCCGGAGAGAGCCGGAAUCUGAGCGGCCCCGAUAGCCGGGGCAGGGGACGAGGGGGAUAUGAGCGUGGAGGCAUGAGCAGAGGUGGGCGGGGAGGAGGACGCGGUGGAAUGGGCAGCGCUGGAGAGCGAGGUGGCUUCAAUAAGCCUGGUGGACACAUGGAGGAAGGACCCGACCUGGAUUUAGGCCCCCCUAUGGACCCGGAGGAGGACUCGGACAGCACUGCAGUCUAUGUGCAGGGACUCAAUGAUAAUGUGACCCUGGAGGAUCUGGCAGAUUUCUUCAAACAGUGCGGUGUUGUCAAGAUGAACAAGAGGACGGGGCAGCCCAUGAUAAACCUCUACAUCGACAAGGAAACGGGCAAGCCCAAGGGCGAUGCCACCGUGUCCUACGAUGACCCGUCCACUGCCAAAACAGCCGUGGAAUGGUUCGAUGGGAAGGAUUUCCAGGGGAGCAAGCUGAAGGUGACCCUGGCACGGAAGAAGGGCCCGAUGAACAGCCUGAGGGGCGGGAUGCCCCCCCGGGAGCAGCGGGGAAUGCCCCCACCCCUCCGUGGAGGUCCAGGGGGCCCCGGUGGCCCAGGGGGCCCCAGCGGGCCCAGCGGCCCCAUGGGCAGGAUGGGGGGCAGAGGUGGAGACAGGGGUGGCUUCUCCUCGAGAGGACCGCGGGGAUCCCGGGGAAACCCAUCCGGAGGGAGCGUCCAGCACCGCGCCGGAGACUGGCAGUGCCCCAACCCGGGCUGUGGAAACCAGAACUUUGCCUGGAGAACAGAGUGCAACCAGUGCAAGGCGCCCAAACCGGAGGGGUUCCUCCCGCCCCCCUUCCCUCCUCCAGGCGGUGACCGCGGCCGGGGCGGCCCCGGGGGGAUGCGGGGCGGGCGCGGCGGGGGCCUCAUGGACCGAGGGGGGCCCGGAGGGAUGUUCCGAGGCGGCCGCGGCGGAGACCGAGGCGGGUUCCGAGGCGGCCGGGGCAUGGACCGAGGCGGCUACGGAGGAGGCGGCCGGAGAGGAGGAGGAGGCGGCGGCCCCGGGGGACCCCCCGGACCCCUCAUGGAGCAGAUGGGAGGAGGAGGCAGAGGACGGCGCGGAGGGCCGGGAAAGAUGGACAAGGGCGAACACCGCCAGGAUCGCCGAGACCGGCCCUACUAACGCCGCCCCCCAGAGCCGCAUUUACUACCAGAUUUAUUUUUUAAACCAGAAAAAAAAUGUUUUAAAUUUAUAAUUCCAUAUUUAUAAUGUUGGCCACAACAUUAUGAGUCCUCCUUGUCUGUACUUUAGUAUUUUUCACCGUUUGUGGAGAAACAUUAAAACCAAGUUCAACGGUAGCGUGAUGAAUUCUUUCUUCCCCCCUCCCCCAAAAUAAAACCGGUUGUUUAACGCGCCCCCGCCCCCUCCCCGCCUGUAACGCUGUGAACGGUUGUGACGGUUGUUUUUUUAAAUAAAAUUCCCGCUGUUUGUAACCGCA